AGAUCCGAACGAUCAUCAGUCAAUUGUGUCUACUGCACUACAAACAAGUGUUCUACCAAAACUUCUUCGUUCUUCGAAAACCCACCCCAAAAAACCCUUCAAAAUGUACAAGCUGUUCGUUCUUGCCGCCGUUCUGGCCGUCGCUGCCGCCGCCCCCGGAAUCGCUGUCCACUCCGUCCCGGUCGUGCACGCUGCUCCGGUUGCCGUGAGCCAUUCCUCGUCGCACGUCGUGCACCACGCUCCGGUCGUCAAGACUUUGGCUGUCCACUCGGCCCCAGUUGUUGCCGUCCAUACCCCGGUCGUGAAGGCUGUCCCGGUUGUGCACCACGCUCCGGUUGUGCACCACGCCCCAGUCAUCCACCACGCUCCUCUGGUCCACAAGACCGUCGUGCACUCGGCCCCGAUCGUCCACUCCGUGCACCCGGUCCCGGUCGUCAAGAGCGUCGUCGCCAGCCCGGUCGUCCUCCACCACUAAGUCCACCAACACCAACACCACCCCAAACCCAUCAUCCCACUAAACCACGACGCACGGCGUGAAAUGGCAACUUUUUCUACAAAAUAAAACCCCCCAUCCAGUUCUCGACACUCGACCAACUCUACAGAGCACCGAGCGCCUGGUGGCGCCACCAGCAGCUGGCCAU